CUAACUUAUAUUCUCCCACACGCGCUUCCUCUCCUCUCCAAUGGCCGCCUGCUCCACCGGUCCUCUUCUCCCUCCCCGGCAACCCUAAACCUAACCCUAACUCACGCCAUGCCCUCACGUUCCUACACUGACCUUCUUCACCUAACCGCUACCCCGCCUCCCCUCGCCCGCCUUCCUCGAGUCAUGACGUUCCCCGGGAUUCUCGCCGACGCUUACCUUGACGAGCCACCCCCCUUCUCCGCCGGUCCCCUCUCUCCCUGUCCAAUGAAGGAGCGACGCAUCAUCGUCACUAACCAUCUCCCUCUUCGCUCCGCUCGCGACCCCAUCUCCGGCCAAUGGUCCUUCUCCUGGGACCUCGACGCACUCGCCUUCCAGCUCCGCUCCGGCCUCCCCGGCGGCUCCUCAUCUUCCUCAUCCGAUGUUAUCCAUGUCGGAACCCUACGUGCCGAAAUCGAUCAGGCCGAUCAGGACGAAGUCGCCCAAAUACUCUCCCAUAAGUUCCACUGCGUCCCCGUCUUCCUCCCCCCUGACAUACACCAGAAAUUCUACCAUGGAUUUUGCAAACACUAUCUAUGGCCUCUACUGCACUACCUCCUCCCCUUUUCCCCCGCCUUACAAGGCGGCCUCCGCUUCGAUCGUCACCUAUGGCUUGCUUAUCUUUCUGCGAACAAGCUCUUCGCUGAUCGCGUCAUGCAGGUCGUGUCGCCCGACGAUGACUUCGUCUGGGCGAACGACUACCACCUCCUCGCACUACCAACAUUUCUCCGCAAGCGCUGCCCUCGAAUUAAGCUCGGAUUCUUCCUCCAUUCUUCUUUCCCUUCAUCGGAAAUCUUCGGCACAAUCCCUGUCAGAGAGGAGCUGCUCCGGGCCAUCCUCAACACGGACCUCCUAGGCUUCCAUACCUUCGACUAUGCUCGACAUUUUCUGUCUUGCUGCUCUCGCCUCCUCGGCCUUCACUAUGAGUCCAAGCGCGGUUAUAUUGGGUUGGAGUACUAUGGAAGAACUGUUACCGUUAAGAUACUCCCGGUAGGUGUCGAUAUGGGGCAACUAGAGGCAGCGAUUUCCUCCCCCGAAUCCCAAUCCAAGGUUCGGGAACUGAUGAUUAGUUUCAAGGAUAGGAUCUUACUUCUUGGCGUUGAUGAUAUGGAUAUAUUCAAAGGAAUCAGCUUGAAGUUUUUGGCAAUGGAACAGCUUCUAGAAGACAAUCCUAGGCUCCGUGGUCGCGUUGUUCUAGUGCAGAUUGCCAACCCUGCUCGAAGCCAGGGGAAGGACAUUCAGGAGGUGCAGGAGGAGACAAAUUCCCUCGCGAGAAGGAUUAAUGAGAAAUAUGGCUCAUUUGGGUACAAUCCCAUUAUACUGCUUGAUGGGGGACCUCUACCUACUUUUGAGAAGGUUGCUUACUAUGCUGUUGCUGAGUGCUGCGUUGUCAAUCCUGUGAGGGAUGGGAUGAAUUUAGUACCGUAUGAAUACACCAUUUGUCGUCAAUGGAGCCCGGCAUUGGAGAAUCUUCCAAAGAAGAGUGUGAUUGUAGUUUCAGAGUUCAUCGGGUGCUCGCCAUCACUGAGUGGAGCAAUCAGGGUUAAUCCAUGGAAUGUGGAGGCUGUGUCCGAGGCAAUGAACUUGGCCAUCACCAUGCCGGAGUCUGAGAAGCAGCUCAGGCAUGACAAGCACUACAAGUAUGUCAGUUCUCAUGAUGUGGCAUAUUGGGCGAGAUCAUUUGAUCAGGAUUUGCAAAGAGCUUGCAAGGAUCAUUUCACUAAAAGGUGUUGGGGCAUUGGCUUUGGCUUGAGCUUUAGGGUUGUUGCACUAGGCCCCAGCUUCAGAAAGCUGUCAGUGGAGCAUUUAGUUUCUGCUUAUAGGAAGACUAGCAGCAGGUUGAUAUUGUUGGACUACGAUGGGACGAUGAUGCCGCAGAGCUCCACCGAUAAGACUCCAAGCAAGAAAGUCAUUGAUAUUCUGAAUGACUUGUGUUCUGAUGAGAAGAAUGUUGUUUUUGUGGUUAGUGGCAGAGGGAAGGAUUCAUUGAGCAGGUGGUUUGAGUCUUGUGCCAAGUUAGGAAUCUCUGCUGAGCAUGGAUACUACACAAGAUGGUGCCAGAAUUCUCCCUGGGAGUCCUGCAACGUGGCUUCUGACUUCGAGUGGAAAAGGAUUGCAGAACCUGUGAUGAGACAUUACGCAGAAGCUACAGAUGGCUCCUAUAUUGAGCACAAGGAAACCGCUCUGGUCUGGCACCACCAGGAAGCAGAUCCAGAUUUCGGUUCAUGCCAGGCAAAAGAGCUCCUUGAUCACCUGGAGAAUGUUCUCGCUAAUGAACCCGUAGUUGUCAAGCGAGGCCAACAUAUUCUGGAAGUAACCCCUCAGGGCAUAAGCAAAGGUAUAGUUGUAAAGAAUCUGAUAUCAACCAUGCAGAGUAGAGGGAAACCACCAGACUUUGUUCUCUGUAUCGGUGAUGAUCGAUCCGACGAAGAUAUGUUUGAGACUAUCUUGGGUUCUCCUACCACAGAGCCUUCUGUUCCAGCAAUUUCUGAUGUUUUUGCAUGUACUGUUGGUAAGAAACCAAGCAAGGCGAAGUACUACCUUGAUGACACAGUUGAUGUAAUCAGUUUGCUUGAAGGCAUAGCUGCUGCUUCUGCUCAACCAGCCAGAAGAUCUCUUCUUCAAGUAUCAUUUGAAGGAUCACUUUAGGCUUGGAAUCGACAGCUAAAGAUUUGAUAUUUUUCUUUGCACAUAUUGUUUAAAUACCUCCAUAGUCAGCUCUGCACAUGAAGAUAUAGUUUAAAGCGAAGAUGAGGGAGAAAAAGAGAUGCUUAUGAGAAGGUUUGGUUCAAAUUUCAUUAUAUCGGACAGAAAAGUUCAGAUAUGCAAUGUACAUAUCACAAAGCUGCUGUUUUUCGUUUUUCAUUUUUCAUUUUUCGUAGACCUCAUUUUACAGUUACAAGCAAUUAUAUGAUUUAUAUCCAUAUUAUUUACUUUAUUACUCUCU